UGUACUUUCAAGAUUAAUGAGUAAUUCAUUUAUGAUGUGAUGACAUAAUUAUAAAACGUAAUUCUAUAAUAGACUUAUCGAUUAGAUAAUAGUCUUCUGCUGAAACCGAAACCAACUUCUGGACGUAUAAUCGAUAAUUCAAGAUGAACAAUAGGAUUCUAAUCACCGGCCUGCGACGAGCCUGCAUCAUGCAAAGAGUAACUAUGACCACGGACAGUAAAGCCGUCAUUGGAAACCGCGAGGUUGUUGGUUUUGGUAUGAAUGGAACUGAAUCUUACAUUGACCGUGUGGAUUUCCCAAUGCCUGCAAUCCGUUACAAGGAGAACAACCCAGAUAUUCAAGCUCUUAGAGAAAAAGAGAAGGGUGAUUGGAAGAAACUCUCUAUCGAAGAAAAGAAAGCAUUGUACCGUGCAAGUUUCUGUCAGACCUUUGCAGAAAUUAAUGCUCCAACUGGAAGGUGGAAGUCUUCCAUCGGUGUUAUUUUGAUGGGAAUCAGUGGAGCUCUGUGGCUCUUUAUCUUCAUGAAAAAGUUUGUGUAUCCACCACUACCUGUUACAUUUGAAGAGGAACGUCAACUGGCUCAAUUGGAGCGUAUGAAGAUUCUAGAGGUCAAUCCAAUUACUGGUCUUACCUCACGCAAGUAAUGCUCCUGUCCCAUGUAUAGUGUAAAUGUAUGGUAGCGUCAAUAAUGCAUUGCAAGAAAUGUUUAAUAUAAG